UGUGAUCCACGAGUCUUCAUUUUCUAUCGUUUUAAAAUGAAACUGGAGAGUACAUAUCAAUCUGUAUAAGUAGACACAUGUGACGGAUCAACACUAGACACAAAAACAAAGCCGGCAUAUAUAACCAUGGAAACUAAUGAUGUUAAAAUUUUCCAUCAGUGUGUUGUAUGUGAUGAGAUUUUCCAGGACUAUGGAGAUUUAGAAAUUCACAACAAAAUACAUGUUAAAGUAGAGAAGACUGAUGAUGUUAAAUCUAAAGAAAAUUUCCACCAGUGUGGUGUAUGCGAUAAGAUUUUUCAACAAUAUGAUGAUUUAGAAAAACACAAUAAAGUACAUGUUAAAGAUGAGAAAGCUGAUGAUGUAAAUGAACAUUGUCGUGUUAAAGAUGAGAAAGCUGAUGACGUAGAAGAACAUUGUCGUGUUAAAGAUGAAGAACAUUGUCGUGUUAAAGAUGACAAAGCUGAAGACCUAGAUCUCUAUGACAAUUGCCAUGUACAUUUUGAACCAAGAACUGCAAAUUAUGGAUGCAAUUUAUGUGAUGAGAAAUUUAAAUUAGAAACUGAUUUAGAGGAACACUGUGAAAUACAUGUUCAAGAAGAGUAUGAUUCACAAAAUGUUUCUCGAAAUAAUGAAACAAUUUUUCAGAGCCAAAUAGAUUUGAAGACACCCGAAAAACCUUAUAAGUGUGAUGUUUGUAGCAAAUCAUUCUCUAGAAAUAAUAAUCUACAGAAACACAUUAGGGCUCACACAGGAGAUAGUCCUUAUAAAUGCAAUGUUUGUAGUAAAUCAUCUAAUUCCAAUUCAGAUCUUAAAAAACAUAUGAGAAUUCAUACUGGUGUAAAACCAUUUACAUGUGAUCUGUGCUGCAAACCAUUUCAUACUAGAAGCCAUCUUGAUAGACACAUUAGAACGCAUACAGGUGAAAAGCCUUAUAGAUGUCAGGUUUGUGGUAAAUAUUUUAAGCAAAAUGUUGGUCUUCAGAGGCACAUAAGAGCUCAUAUUGGAACAAAAUCUUAUAAAUGUGAUAUUUGUGGUAAAUCAUUUACCGAUCAAAGCUAUUUAUAUAAACACAAAACCAUUCAUGCUGGAGGAAAACCUUAUGAAUGUGAUGUUUGUAGUAAAUCAUUUAAUCAAUUCUUAGGACUUCAGAGACACAAAAGAAUUCAUUCAGUAGAAAAAAUCUGUAAAUGUGAUGUUUGUGGCCAAGUCUUUACGGAUGCCAGUAAUUUAUGGAAACACAAGAAAAUUCACACAGGAGUGAAACCCUAUAAUUGUGAAGUUUGUCGUAAAUCAUUCCGCCAGGUCGUUGAUCGUGAGAGACACAUUAGAACCCAUACAGGGAUUAAACCAUACAAAUGUGAUAUUUGUGGAAAAUCAUUUAAGCACAUUGGUCACUUACAGACUCACAUGAGAACUCAUACCGGAAUGAAACCUUUUAAAUGUGAUGCUUGUGAUAAAUCAUUCACAAGCCUUGGUAAUCUGACACAACAUUUGAGCAAGAAACAUGCUGGAGGAAUGAAUUUUAAAUGUGAUGUUUGUGAGAGUCUAUUUAACACCAAAAAAACUCUGAAAUCGCACAAGAAAACUCAUAUUGUACAGAGAGUCUAUGAAUGUCAUGUUUGUAACAAAAUUUUCUCUAAGCACCGUAAUCUGAUUAUACACAUCCGUCUUCACACUGGAGAAAAACCCUUUACGUGUGAUGUUUGUGGUAAAUCAUUUACAUACAAACAUCAGCUGAAGAAACACCAAGAUCUAGACUGUAAAGAUAAAGUUGCCAGUCGAUAUCAGUGUAGUUUCUGUUAUAAAAUCUAUAUCGUACAUAGUCUUUAUCAGAAACACCUCAUCACCAGUCAUAAAUGUGAUGUUUGUGGUAAAUAUUUUAAAGAUAGUGAUUUACGGGAACACAGGAAAAUUCACAGCAGAGAAAAUGCGUUUAAAUGCGAUUUAUGUGAAGAAGGUUUUGAGUGGAAGAGUGAUUUAUUAAAUCAUAUCUCAGUUCAUAAAUAUAAGGCUAAACAAUCUUUAAAUAAAGAUACACAAGCAAAUGUUCCAUACAAAUAAAAAUACACUCUCAAAUGUUUAAUACAAUUAUACAUGGCCUAUAUUCAAUAAAAUGAAAUGGGGUUUAACUGUCAUACAUACACGUAUGACCUAGGUUGUUCGUCCCACCUGAACAACUAGACAUUGUUCAAUGCCAUGAAUAAUUAUAGUAGAUGAAAAUUGGUCUAAAAGCAAAUAUUAAUGUAACAUUAGUGUAUAUAAAGUGAUUUACACCCUAUUUUUAAAAAAUUGUUAUUGUAAUUUCUAAUCAAUUAUGUGAGGUGAAAUAAGAGAAGAACAGUUGUUUGCGUUACACCUGUUUAAUCAAUUCUGCUCAGUAAUUUUUUAUCAUUAUUUUGUCAUUUGUAAAUUAGCUAUUUUUAAUUACUUCCUCAUUGUGCCCUUGGAUAUGUUUUCCUUUUUAUAAGCCCAUAUGGAAAUGUGGUUGUAUAUUGCAUUUCCCUCCAUCUGUAUAACCUACAAAUGAAUAAAUAUGCAACAACAUGGGCCACCAUUUUGUUGUCUGACAACCUAUCUUGUCAAUACAAAUGGUGCUCGAAACCAUUAUAUUCAUAGAAUACACAAGUCAUGUUCGUGUAGUGAUUUUGAAAUGUUCAGUCAAGUGUCUUAAAUAAAUGAUAUGAGCAUCCAAUAUUUUCACAAUGGAGUAUUAAAUCAAAUAUAAAAGUUAAGACUUAGCAAUCUAUAAAGGACAAGUAUGAGCAUACUAAACUAUGGGCCAAACAUAUGCUGUUAUAGCAGCAAUGUCAAUUCUUUUAACCCUUGUUCACUACUGUUGUCCUCUGAAUACAUUUACAUUUGCCAUUUUUUCUUUCUUGUUUGCCUCUAGUUUCCUCCCACUGUUAAAGACCCCCACACAGAAGCGAAUUAUUGAAAUAAAAUUAAACCAUAUAUGUUAGUCCCGAAAUGACCUGGUUUGUGUCCAGUGGAGUUAAACCCUCUCUCACUUUCUCUCUCUCCUCUCUGGUGUUUGUUUUAUUUUUCCCUUGAUAAGCUUAUAUAUGAUAUGUAUGCACUUUGUAAAUAUGUGUAGGCCUAAAUACUGUUUCUGGGUAGUUAUGUAUACUACCCUUUGUUUUAUAAUGAAGGAGAGACAUGAUGAAAAGUAGAACUCAUGUACUAAAUAUGUUCCCUCAGAAAAUAAAGUUCAUGUUAAUCGUAACAGAAUUGACAAGUCCUCAGGCUUUUUGUGAAGCCUUGCCUCAAGGAGAAGAAGUCACUGAAACUUCUGCCCUGGGAUGCCACAUACAUGUAGGCUUGUGAGGGCCCUGCAGUGGACAUGCACUUAGAUCAAUCAAGAUAGCCAUUCCAGUUAUUUCCCUUGAUCACCCAAUACUAACAAAUUAUUAUCCCCCUACUACCAAAAACAAUACAGCAGAGAGCAUGUUCAAAUAAGCCAUUUCAUUUAUUCCCCCUUAAUCACCAAUAAUUAAUGACAAAUUAUUGAAUUAUACAUCCAAAAAUCAAUCUAUUUCUGGACCAAUAUGCGAUGAAAGUACAAUUGUUAUUGAAUAACAAUACGUUUGUUUGUGGAAAAUAAAUUGUUUAUUCAAUUUUUCACCGUUCCAUUGAAGAAGUAAAGUUAUUGAAUAAUUUAGCCAGUUUUGGAUACUGUAAUGUUAAGUUAGUAUGUGACUGUAUUGGGUUAGAAUUUAUAGGUAUUUGGUAGUAUUUGGCUUGAGCAACCAGUAGCCUGCUGAUACUAUAAAUAGGCACCUCAGUUUUCCAAAUACCUUUUGCCAAUUCCGUGUCGUAGGCCAUUGUCUUAGGGCCUGUGGUUAUACUUUUAACUCUUUUAUGUAAAUAACUUUUUAUUAA